AUGACGAUUAAGCUGGUUGUUGGAGGGUUUAUUUUGCACAUUAUUAGUGCUUACGCGCCGCAAGCGGGCUUGGGCGAGGAGGCGAAAAGACGUUUUUGGGAGGAUUUGGACGAGAUGAUGGGAAGUAUACCGUCCACUGAGAAUCUAUUCAUCGGAGGAGAUUUCAAUGGGCACAUUGGGUCAAUUUCAGGGGGAUAUGACGAUGUGCAUGGAGGUUGUGGUUUCGGGGACAGGAACGGAGGAGGAGUUGCACUGUUGGAUUUUGCAAAAGCCUUUGGGUUGAUGAAGCAACAGAAACUCACUCUGGACAGAUCAAAAGUUGUACAACAGCCUAAGGGCAAAUGGCAGACACUAGGUACAAAUGUUUUGCUAGAAGCUUAA